AUGUCUCAGCUGAGUCUCUGGCGCCGCCACGGUGCUAAGAGAGCCCUGCAAUUACUCCUUCCUUGUAGAUUAUCGUUAUCAUCAGUUACACACUCGAAUCGAGAUCUUAACAGUAUUGACCUCACGAAGGAGGAAGAAGCGUCAGCAGCGCAGAUCAGGAGUUCUCUUUUGAAGGCACACAAUGGAAAUGUGCAGGAUUUGGUUCAGUCCCUUGGGGUUGACUGUCCGGGAAUUCAGCUUACAAGUAACACUGUGGACAGCUUGUUGUGUAAGUUUGGGGAUGACUGGAAAUCUGCUUUUGGUCUUUUUCAGUGGGCACAGUUGAGUGGCAAUUACAAGCACACGGCAUAUGCUUGUAGUCGGAUGAUCGACUUGCUUGGGAAGAUGAGGCAGAUUGACCAGAUGUGGGAUCUAUUGUCUGACAUGCACUGCAGAGGCCUUGUGACUGUCGAGACAGCUGCGAAGAGCAUCAGGAGGCUGGCAGGUGCAAGGAGAUGGAAGGAUGCUGUCAUGUUGUUCGAUAAGCUGGAGGACAUGGGGCUGGAGAGGAAUACAGAGACUAUGAACGUUCUGCUUGAUGCACUUUGCAAAGAAAAGAAGGUUGAAGUAGCACGUAAGGUCUUUCUCGUGCUCAGUCCGCACAUUCAACCUGAUGCAUACACAUUCAACAUUUUCGUCCAUGGCUGGUGCAGUGCACGUAGAAUCGAGGAGGCAAAGUGGACAAUUGAGGAAAUGAAAGCCCGGGGGUUUGCGCCUUCAGUUAUCACCUACACUGCUGUCCUUGAAGCUUACUGCAAGCAACACAAUUUUAGGAUGGUCUAUGAAAUUCUUGAUUGGAUGUGUUCUGAAGGCUGCCAUCCAAACGUCAUUACUUUCACUAUGAUCAUGACCUCACUAUCAAAAUGCCAUAUGUUCGAAGAAGCUCUGAGUGUAUCUAAUAGAAUGAAGUCCUCUGGCUGUAAGCCCGAUACAUUGUUCUACAAUUCCUUGAUUAACGUGCUUGGUAAUGCGGGCUAUCUGUCUGAAGCUUCCCAGGUGUUUCAAGUGGAGAUGCCAAUGAAUGGCGUGCCCCGUAGUUUGGCUACCUAUAACACCAUGAUAUCAAUCUUUUGCCAGAAAGACCGAGAUGAAGAUGCUCUCAAUGUGCUGAAAGAAAUGGAGGCGCACUCUUGUAAGCCUGAUCUUCAGACAUAUCGGCCACUUCUCAGACUGUUUUUAAGUAGAAGAGGCCAAGCUGAUUCCAUUCGGAACUUGUUGAAUGAGAUAGUGCCUAGGUAUAAAACAUGGGAGUUGCUUUUGGAUGAAGCACAAAGGAAAAACAUGGAGGGUCGUGUCGAAAGAAUUCGAAAUUACAUGACUUGUUUUGGUAUUUCCGUUUAA